AAUACUCAAGAGCUGUAAAGGGCAAAAAGGAAAAAAUUGGAAAAAAAACGAUAAAAACGAAGGACUAAUUAAAAUUCAAAUAAAACUACAACAGCGACGCUGCGCCCCACCCUUUUUUUUUCGUUCCCAAUCUCUCCUCUCUGUCGCAGAUACACACACUAGAACGUGAAAAAAGUAUUAUUUAUCUUUCCUUCUUUCCCUCACUGUGUGUGUGUGUGUGUGAAUCAACAACGAUAAUAAAAACAAACUUUACAGAGAGGCCGACAUUGUCAAAAAAGCCAUUUUGAAAGAAUUUAUCAUAUCAUCAGCAGAGAAGAGAAGAUAAAAAAGAAGCCAAUCAUCUAUCUAAAUCCCAGAAACCGAAACAAAAUAAACACCAAUUCAAAAUCCGUUUCACAACUGGACGACGCCGCUUGGUUCUCUCUCCUCUCUGCAACUGGCAUUGCCGUUACAACGCCGGAGAUGGCAUUUCCCCUGCCGUCUCCUGCUGCGACCUCGUUUGUUACUUCUAUUCUUCCCACUGGUUGCGUAACGGUUAGGGUUUCCUUUCGUCUCCGAUCUCCUUCCUCCUCCGGUCCACCUCCGGUAAAUUUGUUCACAAUCUGAGCCGCGAAGAUUAAACUGUAACAAAAAGGGGAAAUUUGUUAUUAUUAUUUUUUGGUUGAGUUCUUAAAGUGAAGGUGGAGGAGACUUGGGUAGGAUGGCUUGCUUUGGGGGGAAAGGUGGGAUGGAGAAAGUAAGGAGGGUAGUUAGAACGGUGUAUUUCAUGGUGGUAAUGGUGGCUUCGUUGCUGAUGCAAUCGGCGGCGGUGCUGGUGGUGAUUGCCGACGUAGUGGUGCCCUUUAUUUUGGUGCAGAGCUUCACGUGUGUUAGGUGUUACAGUUUUAGAGAGCAUUUGCAGAGAUACGGUUUCAAGAGUUCAUUGGUGGAUAUUCCUCUAGUCUCCAUUAUCAGAUCUCUCAUCAUUUUCUGUGUAUAUACAAUCUGUGACGGACCUGCUCUUUCACAUGGACCGUAUCUUGGAAUUGUUACUCUAUGUUCUGUUGCUUCAGUUCUUCUUUUGUCUGUAAAGUCAUUUAUGUUUACUGUUAAUUCACAACUUGAGGCGGAAGCAUCAUCGUACCACACAAGGCACAAGCUCCAUUUGAAGAAGUCAUGGGGUAUGCCUGUCUUAUUUCUUUCAUCGGUGGUGUUUGCUCUUGGCCAUACUGUCAUUGCCUAUAGGACAAGUUGCAGAGCGAGGAGGAAGCUUUUGUUCCAUCGGGUUGAUACAGAAUCUGUUCUUUCUUGCAAAACCGUUUUCCCUGGGUACCAUAAAGUUCCACGAUCACCUACUCCAUCCACUGGGAGAACAUUGAGAAAUGGCUCCGAGAUCAAGAGAAAGUCAGGAGUAUUAGCACGUAAUGACGUGGAAGUUCCAGCUAGAUUACUUGCUGAUAUUGACAGCUUGUUCAUGUCUUGCCAAGGACUAAUCCUCCAUUACAAGCUUAGCCAUCCUGGUUCACAUUCACGUGCCUUAUCCUCCACGACCUUUCUUGAUCGACCAAUUGUACAAGUUCCAUCAAAGGACCAAUAUCCUCUCCGUAGGAGUUUCAGUAAUCAAUUCAGUGCCUCCUCUAUUUAUACACCUUUAUUGGAUGGUUCUCCCACAUCGCCAGUGCUGUCUGAAGAUAUACCUAUUUUAAGUCUUGAUGACACUGUUGAUGAUGAUGAAGCCAGUAAACUGGGAUCUCCGGUGUUGGAACAAGAUUUAGAAGCAAAUAGACAGUUUGGGAUUGUGCUAAUACAUGGUUUCGGUGGGGGAGUAUUUUCAUGGAGAAAUGUUAUGGAUGUAUUGUCUAGGCAGCUUGGUUGUCCUGUGGCUGCUUUCGACAGGCCUGGUUGGGGUUUGACUUCAAGACCUAGACGCAAAGACUGGGAUGAAAAUCAGUUGCCUAAUCCUUACCAGCUUGACAAUCAGGUUGACUUGCUUCUUUCUUUCUGCGAGGAGAUGAAGUUUGCAUCAGUUGUAUUUGUUGGUCAUGACGACGGAGGUGUGCUUGCUUUGAAGGCUGCUCAAAGAAUCCGCUCAUCAGGAAACUCCACCAGUGUUGAUAUCAAAGGCGUUGUGCUACUAGGUGUUAGUUUGUCGAGAGAGGUGGUUCCUGGCUUUGCAAGAAUACUGCUUCGAACUUCCCUAGGGAAAAAGCAUUUGGUCCGGCCACUACUGCGAACUGAAAUUACUCAAGUAGUUAACCGUCGAGCUUGGUACAAUGCUACAAAAUUAACAACAGAUGUUCUGAACCUGUAUAAGGCCCCAUUAUGCGUGGAAGGUUGGGACGAAGCACUUCAUGAGAUAGGGAAAUUAUCAUUUGAAACAGUCUUUUCAUCACAAAGUGCAGAUUUUCUGCUGAAAUCGGUUGAAGAUUUGCCAGUUUUGGUGAUCGCAGGGGCUGAAGAUUCGCUGGUCCCUCUAAAAUCUGUCCAGGCUAUGGCUUCUAAACUUGUAAAUUCUAGACUAGUUGCAAUAUCUGGUUGUGGGCACCUUCCACAUGAGGAGUGCCCCAAGGCACUGCUUGCUGCUAUAUCACCUUUCAUCAGUAGAAUCAUAUUGAAUCCAGAAUUGCAGAGUUUGUAAAGAUUUUUGAUGUUUGAGUAGUGUUAGCUUUCUCUACUUUUGUUUCUUUCUCAUUUCAUUCUUAAUGGAAAGGAAGAGAUUAAGGUGAUCUCUCCUUCCUGGCAUUUUUUAUAUUAGGCAAAUUUUAGCAGUAGCCAUUGUAAGUUAUAAGUUAUUUGCUCUCUUUCUACAUUCAGAUCCUUAUUUAAAGUCUCAAAUUAGUAUCAUCGUGUGUUAGCUUACAUUUGAUGAAGCUCGACUGAUGUACUGGUUUUCAAUUGGCAUUUUCAUUGUGGGACGGUUGUGUAAGGUGUUAGAAUGAGAUUAUGACAAUGAUGAAAGUGAACUCUGAUCACAUGAGAACUGUUCUAUGUAAG